AUGAUAAGGAGUGGAAAAUUAUUUGGCAGCUUAAUUUCCCUACAGUAUGUUAUAGAAUUUCAGAAACGUGGGCUCCCCCAUGCUCAUAUUGCAUUUAGAGUAGCCGGAGGUGGUCCCGUUAAUAGUUGUGAUAUAGAUGCGUUUGUAAGAGCAACAAUACCAUCAGAAAAGGAAGCCGGUGGUCGUUUAAGAGAAUUGGUACGACAACACAUGGUACACGGUCCAUGUGGCAUCGACUAUUUGGGAUGCCCAUGCAUGGAUAAAGAAAAGAAAAUUUGUACCAAAAACUAUACAAAACAACUUAACGACGUAACACACAUUGAUGACAAAGGAAUGAUCAAUUAUAAAAGACCAAAUUCAGGAGAUUUACUUACAUUAUCCAACGGAAAAACGGUUAAUAAUCAAUGGAUUGUCCCAUACUGUCCCUCUGUACUACUCUUAAUGAACUGUCACUGUAAUUUGGAAAUUGCCACAACAACUAAAGUUAUUAAAUAUCUUUAUAAAUAUUUGCACAAGGGACCUGAUCAUGCGUUAGCCUCUGUAAUAGAAAACAUGAACUCAGAAGAUGAAAUUGAAAAUUAUGUAAAUUAUAGAUAUAUAUCUUCAUCUAAGGCUUUAUGGCGCAUUUUUGAAUAUGAUUUGUGCCACUGUCAUCCAGCGGUUGUACCACUUCCCAUUCAUUUGGAAAAUGAACAAUGCGUCAUAUUUCGAGCAGGAGAAGAAUCAGAUGCUGCAAGUAAAGCUUUUUCAAAACUGAUGCUAUAUUUCGGGAGGCCAAGAACUCGUGAAUUUGAAAGUUUAAGUUACCUUGACUUUUAUGAACAAUAUAAUGUGGAAACGAAAGAUCGAAAAAAUUCUUUGGUAUCAGUAAUCAGGCACUAA